GCCUAGUAACACCCAUGUAUAAGAAAGAACCUAGCUUUAUCAUCCCUCAUGAUUAUUGAUCUCUUGCUAAAAGGUUAUGUUGUUUGUGAUUUGCCACACACAAAGAUGAAUACACUAAGGCAAGAAGGAAAAGGAAGGGGACUGUGAGGCCAUGUGAGGGGGUCAAUGAGUAGGGACCAAUUUCCAUAUCUUGCCAACUCACAAAUGCAUUAACAAGCAUGAUAUCCCAAGUGGCAAUUUUGUCACCCUCUUGCCCUCUCACUUGUUGAUAUAGAGCCAUUAGUGCAGCCAACUAAACCAAACUUCCCACACUUUCCAUUUUCUCCAGGUUCAUAGCUCAGCAGCCUCUCUCUCUCUCUCUCUCUCUCUCUCUCUCUCUCUCUCUCUCUCUCUCUCUCUCUCUCUCUCUCUCUCUCUCUCUCUCUCUCUCUCUCUCUCUUCAUGUUCAAGAACAGCUGCCAGAGAUCAAAAGGGUCAGCAUCUUUGAGAGGAUCAACUGGAAAACUUUAGUUUGGAGAAAAUAUGGCAAGUAGUGAAGUUGAGAAGAUCAUAGAGCCUGUGUCCAUAACACAGGAAGUACAAGGGGUGAAGAGUUAUCUGACACCAGAAGUAGAAGCUGCUGUGGUUAGCUUGGUGAAAUCGGACGAAAUGCAACAACUUCAGCAUAGUUUACCAGAAGGGAACAACAGCAGCAUCCUGGAGGUGCUUGAGGGUGAGAAUUUUUUGGAAUCAUCCUCAAAUGGCAUCAAGGUUUCUGGUCAGGAUCCCUGUGAAAAAGAACAGGUAAUUACUGGUCAAGCUGAUGAGCCAAUCGCAGCGAAAAGCAGUCAGGUUCAGCAUGAAAGCAUCGAAGAAGCUGGUCUAGAUGCUGUGGUGGAAGAUCGGGUGUCGCCUGGCAUCGAAGCCGCUGAACAGAUCAGCACACCUGAGAUACGUUUAGUGCAGAAUGAAGCUGCAGCUUCAGAAACAUGUUUGGAAAAUGGAAGUCAGGACAAUGAUUUUAGCUCUGGAGUUGAAGGUAAGGAUUUAGAGCCUGAAAAUGAAGAGGCCACCAAAAGCGAAAUGGCUUCAUCAGUGGAAAAUGAAGUGGCUGAAAAAGGAAAUGUAGCAGUGGAGACUGGUCUGCAGGAUGAAGAGAAGCCAGCAGAUUCUGAUGAUGUCAAGGAUGGAGUUUUAGUGCAGGAAAAGAAUUCUAUUGCAACAGAAGCAAAUGAGAUAGCUGAAUGUGCAGAAGAAGCUAGAAUCUCCAAUGAUAAACCUGAUGAAGCAAUGGCAGCGGAAGCUGAAACUAUGGUGGAGAAAACCUUGCACUCAGAGUCUCACGAAGAAGCAAAUGAACAGAAUGAAGCAACUGUAGAAACUGAGAAGCACAUUGAGAGUGAGUCUAGAGAGUUAGGAGAACCAGCAGUUGCAGAAUUGGUCACAAUGAGUGCUGAAAGUGAAACAGAGGCAGAGAAACAAGAACAGAUUGAUGAACCAGAUUCUAAAGAAGCUCUGGAGAUCCAUGAUUGUGGGGCAAGCAAAGAAGAAGUAGUUCAAACAGAAGAAGAAGCAUAUGAUGCAAAACAACCUGAACUGGAAAGCAAGACCAAUCAUGAUGAUACUGUGAACAAGGAAGGAAGCUCCAAGGAAAUUACCACAGUAGCUAAUGAUGAUGACAAAGUAGAAGAGCCUGUCAAAGACAGCACUGUUCAGAACUUGCAAAUUGAUGAUCAGAGUGCUAGCAAAGAAGACAUUGCUACUCCAGUGGAAAGUGAAGUGGCAGAGAAGGGCAAUGCUGGAGAAAUCGGUGUGCAGGAAGAAGAGCAAUCAGCAGACUUUGAUGAUGUCAGAGAUAAUGAAGAUGUUCUGCAGGAAAAGACAUCCAAUGUAACAGAAGAAAACGAGACAGCUGAAAGUGCAGAAGCUAAAAUCUCUGGUGAUAAACCUGAUGAAGCCGAGAAAGUGGAAUCUGAAACUGUGGAGAAGAAACCCCUACUUUCAGAGUCUUGCGAAGCUCCAAAGGCUCAUCAUGAUGCUGAGACAGGCAAGGAAGAAGGAAGAGUGGACAGUGAAACCCUUGGUCGGCCAGUUGAAUCUAAUGUGAAUAGUAAUGGGCUGGAAGAAGUUGAAGAGAUCAGCAAUAAGGAGACAUCAAAGGUGGAUGAAGAAGUAGAACAGUUGGUUAUUCCAGUAUCAUCAUCUGAAGUUGAGUUGAAUUCCUCAACUAAAAUGGAUGAUGAUGUUUCUGAAGAGGAGACAUCGAUUCCUAAUGAAGACGACAAGGGAGAUCUCCCCAAUGAAAGCCAUGCAACAGAUACCACUGAGCAAAUUCCAGUUGAAAACAUUCAGAAAGGUGAAGAGACUGUUGAACACUCAAAUAGAGAGGUAUUGGAACAGUCUGAAACUGCUGCAAAAGUUGACAGCAGUAGUACUCCAGAUGAUACAGAACAGAAUGGUGAAGCUGUUGCCAUUGAAAAAGAUCCAAUUUCAGUGAGUAACCAUGAGACAGAACAGAAUGCUGAAACCAAAACUGAAGCAGAAAAUUCAGUGGAGGAGCCAAUGCAAGAGCCUGUCAAAGAAGGCAUAGUUGCGGACUUAGGAGUUGAUGAUGCAAGUGCUUGCAAAGAGACUUCUACUGAAGGAGAAAACCUCGAGGCUUUACCGAUGGAGGAAGAGGAGACUGAGAAAGGAGAAACAAAGAAUGAUGGAAUUGCAGAAGAGGAAGUGGAGAAUAAGACUGAACAGGGAGAAACUGUUGAAAGGGCGAUUGAGGUUCCUCAGGUUGAUUCCGAGGAUGGAGAAGUGGUCCAAGAAGGCAGUGGAGGACAUAGUGUACAUGAGACUAAACAACAACCAAUCAUUGAAGCUUCCAAGGAAAGCAACGUUGUUCUUACUCCGCAAGAUUUACCAGAAGAUGAUAAGAAAGAAGAGGUUGUGGAAAGCAACAAGGAAGCUACUGAAACAGUUGAUGAACCUGCAACUGCAACUCAGGAUCAUGGAAGCCUGGAAAGUGAAUUCUUUGGAGUGGUGGAAGUUGCAGAGAUCAGCAAGGAGGCACCCGAAACUGGAGAAGUGACAGAAAAAGCUGAGGGAAGUUCUUCAAACAAAGUGGAUGAUGUUGUUCAAGAGAAGGUAGAUAUACCAGAAGAAGAAAGCCAUGCAUUAGAGUCCAUUGAGCCAAGUCCAAUUGAGGACUUGCACAAAGAUGAACAGAAAGUUGAGCUCUCCAGUGAAGAGUCUGAAACUGCUGCAGAAGUUGAGAGCAUCAGUAUUCCACAUGAGACAGAACAAGAUGAUGAAGUUGUCACUGAAACAGCUUCAACCAUAGAUGUCCAAACUGAGGUAGCUAAGACUGAUGAGAUCAUCCAGAAGGAAACACCGAAAGACGAAGAAGUUGAAAGUGUGAUGCAAGAGGAAAAAGAACAAGAGACAGGAACUGUAGCAGAAGAGAAUCCUGAAGAGCUAGUCACCGAACACAAAAUCACUACGAAGGAUCAAACUACCGAAGCCAGUGUAGAAAUCCAAACUAUAGAUGAUAAGUUACCGGUAGUUGAAAAAGAAGUUCCUGAGAAUAUUCAAGUUGCUGAUGAGGAAAAAGAAUUAGAGAAUACCAUUGAAGACAAAGAAGAGCCAACAAAAGAAAUGCCAGAGCUUGUGCAGACUGAAAAGUUGGCCGAACCGGUGUUAGGAGAGGAAGGAGAGAAGGAAAGCGUUCCUGAAGGGAAAGCAUCAGUUGAGCCAGAAGCAGUGGAGGCCAUAGAUACCACACAACAAGGAAAUCUAAUGGAAGAGGUGAAAGAAUCCAUCCCCUCAUCAACAGAAUCUGAUAAAGAAACAGACUCCAAUGAAAAAACAGAAUCUGUAGCUGCCAUUAUCCAAGCAGCACCAACUCUGGACAAAAAGACAUUGGUGGAAGAAACAACAGAAGAUGACAAUACAAUGGUUGGAGGAACUGAGAAGCGAUUGGUGGCUUCUUCAGCUACUGCAACAGUUGAAGAUUCUGAAGGAACAUCAAAGGAGGAAACUAUGGAGGAAGAUCACGAGGAAAGGAAGCAGAUUGCUGAUGAAUUUGGUGAAUCCAGACUUCCUGCAGCAGGAAUUUUGGAGUCUGCAGCAAUGCAAGAGGAAGAAGUGAAAGGCAACGUUGAAUCAGUAGUUGCAGAGAGUGAGCCUAUCCCAGAGAAGCUAGCGGAGGAGAAACAUGUGGUACAAUCUUCAGAAGUACCUUCCCAUGAAGAUGAUCAUGAGGAAAAGAAACAGCCUUCUGAUGAAGUUUGUGAAUCCAGACUUCCUGCAGCAGGAAUCCUGGAGUCGGCAGCAAUGCAAGAGGAAGAAGUUACAGGCAAUGUUGAAUCAGUACUUGAAGAAAGUAAGGCUGUCAAAGAGCAGCUACUGGAAGAGAAGCAUGUGGUACAAUCUUCAGAAGUCCCUUCCCAUGAAGAUGAUUAUGAAACCAAAGCUGUGAUUGAGAAUACAGAAGAAGAGGAAACCAAGAAUGUGUUGGUUUCACAACCUGACACUCCACCUGAUCCUUUGGAGCUCCAGGCCACAGAAGAAACUUCUCCGAAAGAGGUGCAGCCUAGGGAGUUUGAGUCUGAAGCAAGCACAGAGAACAAGCCGGUUAAAGAACAGGACAAGGAAGAGGGAGCUUCACAAACAGUUGAAGAACAAAUCAAGAAAGCAUCUGCAGGUGUUGAAGCCACAACUGAAGACAAACUAACUGAUGAGAAAUCCAUCAAGGAGGAGAAAGAGGAAGAGCAGCAUCAGGAAGAACCUCCUGCUUUGCUUGCAAAGGAGGAAGAGGAGAUGAAAAGCUCAAUUGAAACUGAGGAAAUGAAGGAUGAGUUGCCUCAAACUGAACCAGAAACUGAAGGAGAGUCCUGCUCACAGGAGCAGGUGAAAGAAGAAGUUUAUGUUUCAGAUGAGAUGGAUAAAAAACAAGAAGCUUCAGAUUCCACUGGGAAUGAAUCAGUUAAAGAUGAUGAAGUUCCAGCAGCUCAGGCUCUCCCUGAAGAACCUGAAGUUCUGCAAGAUGAGCCAAAACAAACAGAAGAAGAAUGCAAGCCAAAAGAGGUUGAAAAGGAAAAUCAGGUGAAAGAAAUCCAGGAGGAAGUCAAUGCUUCUGCACCUGAAAUUACAGAAGAAACGGGAGAAAUUCCAGAAGCAUCUAUAGCAGAAAACACAGCAAAACAAACAGAAGAGGAUGAAGUGGAGGCUCUAGUUGAACAAGAUAAUGUGGAGAAACAAGUUGGGAAGAGUGAUGAUAUUUCAGGAGGUGAAACUACUGCAACAACUGAAGAUACUUAUAGUGGAAUAUCAGAAGACAAGUCAAAACAGGCAGAAGAAGAGCCUGUAGAGCAGCAAGAGGCUCGAGAGCUGAAUGUUACUACGCAAGUGGCUCCUCAGGUUGAAGAAGAUGUACAGGAAUGCGAUAAAGUGCAGAAGGGAAAUGAUGCAGCUGUUGCUCCUGAAGAAACAAAAGAAGUUUCUGCCUUGACUACAAUUGCAGGAGAAGAAAUCAGACCAUUAGAGCAAGUUUCAAGGGAGUUUCAAGUCUCUGAGUUGGAGCCCGAAGUUGAAAAGGGCUCACAGGAAAGUGAAGGAUCUGCAAUCACUGAAGAAACUGAAGUAGUUUCUCAGGAAACUAAACCUCUGGAAGAAAAUGAAACUACUCAGCUUGAGAGUUCAUCUGUUGAGAAACCAGAAGAGGAGCAUCCUGAAGUAUUAGAAACAAGCAAGCCCAUAGAAGAAACCUUGAAAGCAUCUAAAGAGAUGGAAGAUGAUGCAUCCUUAAUAAAGGAAGAGGCCAUUGUUGGCCAACAGAAAGAAGGACCAGAAGAGAAAGAAGAAUCUUCUGAGCCUUCCUCCAAUUUUGAGUUCCCAGGCUUUAUACAACCUAAGGAGCUUGAACAAGAAGUCACCACAGAAUGCCCAUAUGGAAGUGAUGAAAUCAAAGAAACAGCAGAAACACAGGAAAACACAGUUGAUAUCAGCGCUGUUAUAAAGAAAGAGACUCUGGAAUCUGCAUCAGAAGGUAGUUCCCAGGCGGUCAUCACCAAACCGGUGGAUAAUGCUGAAAAUCAACCAGAGGCAUCCGGAGCUGAGAUGGUUAUCAAGGAAAAGGAGAUUAUCCAGGAGAGCAAACCAGAAAGUGAACAGAAGGCUGAAAGAAUUCCUGAAGAAGAGAUUGAACCUAAAGAAAGCAGAAAUGACGAGGUCAGCCGUCAGAAGGAGAGCAUUCCAAGUGAAUGUGAUGUGAAGAUUGUUGAAGAGGAAGAAGCUAAAGUGAAAACUGAAGAGGGCAAAGCAGAAGCCACAACUCUGAUCGAUAAGGAACUAUGCAUAGAAAUAUCACAAAGAGAUCUUCCAGUGGAACUUGUGGAAGAAGCAACUUCUGAGAAGCAGAUUUCAACUGAAGCAAAACCAAGUGCAGCCGAUGAGACAAUCAACCCAGCCAAAGUCUCACUGUUUGACAUGAUGGCAAAAUCCACAAGAGAAAGGCAAGUGGUUCUUGAACCGACAGAAGAGAAAGAACCACAGCCAGCAGUAACAAGAGAUGAGACCAAAGCAGCUGAAGCAGAACCGGAGAAAGCGAAAUCGGACAAUGAGAAGGAAAACUACGAAGAACGCCAAGAAGAGGAACAAGAUGAAGGUGAGGACCAGCAUAAGAACGACUCAGGGUCUGAUGGUAUGGUGAUUGUAGAAGCCAGCAAGGAAGCCGAGGUGAAAGUGGUUACUACUCCUCAGAAGAAGUCCCACAACAUACUAUCAGAAGUUGGGUCCAAAGUGAAGCACUCAAUUUCCAAGGUAAGGAAAGUGAUCACAGGCAAGUCCUCUCAUCAAUCAAAGCAGAAAUCUCCUGAGCAAAAUUCACCCAAGUAAAGCAGAAAUGUUCCUGGUAGCUACAUUGGCAAGUUAGAGAGCAAAAUAGUGCAUAUAGGUUUUGUAAUGAGAGGUUUUUUCUCCUGGUGAGUGAUUGAUUGAGAUUUUGGGUGUGGUGUGAGUGUGCAUAUAGGCAUAUUGAUUGUAAAGUUUUCAGCUUUAUGAAGAUUUAUGGUUUUGUAUAGAGUCAGCUUUACAUGGCUGGCAAUCUUAAUUUUUCUUUGUAUACUGGUAUGCUGAGUGUGUAAUCAGGAUUGAAAGUUUUAGUAUUCAUGAUCCUGAUAAUAGAAUAAUACCCUUUUGUGCAA